AUGAAUGUUUGUGGAGGUAUGGAUAGUAAAAUAGACGAAGUAUGUGAGAUGAUGAGUGAAAGAAGAAUUGAUGUAUUAGGAGUAAGCGAAACAAAAAAGAAAGGCUGCUCUAUUACUACUUAUGACCGAUAUACUGGGUACUGGUCUGGAGUUAAUGACUCUGAAAGAAGCAGCCAAGGAGUGGGAGUUAUUUUGUCAGAGAGAAUGAAUGCAUCUGUUAAAGAAUUUGAAUUUGUAAGUCCUAGACUCCUCUGGAUACGACUGAAAGUUGGUUUGACCCGUAUUUUUCUCCUUUGCGCUUAUGCCCCGGAUAUGUCCAAGCCACCAAAGGUCAGAGAGGAUUUCUGGGAUAGUGUAAGAGAGAUUAUGACUAAAUGUAAGGAGAAUGAAAGAAUUAUUUUGAUAGGUGAUUUUAAUGGCUGGGUGGGAAUCCGUCGCGAUGGAUAUGAAAGGAAUUUAGGAAUGUUUGGAGAUAAAAGAGUGAAUGAAAAUGGUGAAAGUUUAUUAGAAGUAUGCCUGGAGAGAAAUCUGGUGGUGACUAAUACUUUGUUUAGUCACAAACUGAUUCAUAUGUAUACAUGGCAAAGGCAAACUGAGAGAAGUAUGAUUGAUUUUGUAAUUGUGGAUGAACGAUUGAGAGCGAAAGUGAAGGAUACAAGAGUCUAUCGUGUGAAAGAAAUGGUGGCUCUAAAGAAAAAGGCAUGGAUGGAUUUGUUAAAGCUAAUAAGAGAAUGCAAGGUAAUGUAA